UUAAUAUUUUUAAAGAGAUAAAAAAUGUAAUAAGGGUACCAAUGGGUAUCCGAUUGGAAUACUAGACAAAGAAAGUAAGCUAAUUACGCGUAGGAUAAUAAACAUUAUUUUAUAAAUGCAAGUUCUUGGUACCUUAAUCCGCUGUAAAACAAAAUUUCAUUCAAUAUUAAACAAAAGGAGAUAACAGAAAGGAGCCGAAAAUACAGCCAGCUUAUUUACCUGAUAACGAAACAAUGGAAGUCGUAUGGUGGUUAAGAAACAUCCCCUCUAGCAAGUUGAUUUUUUCAAUCGGGUUGCAAAUUUUCGUCAGUCUACCUUGAGUGAUUGUAGGUGAACAUAUCAUUAGCAAUUUCAAGAACUGUUGUACUAGUUUGAAGAUAUCGAUAACUUAUAGCUAAAAUGACGACUUUGGCUAUAAAAUCUGAAAUGGAUGCUGCGCAAGCUUUACUGGACCUUCACAGUGAUCACCGCGGACGUCACCAUGAAAAUAAUUUCGAUACAAGGUCUAUCGGCGUUGAAAGUAUUGACGGAACUAAUACUAUAGCAAGAAUUUUAAGCAGCCUUAUUAGCUCUGCACCAACGCCACUUCCCCAUACAAGCACCCCAAAAAAACGAGUGUAUUCGCCCAAACGUUGGAAUGAAAACUCGAAGAAGAAUCGAUCAAAAUAUGUUAAAAAUAAAGUGAUGUGUGAUAAGGGAACUCAAACUGAAUUUGAAUUAUAUUUACCUGAAAUAGUAAAAAUGGAAAAUAUCAUAAAAGAGCUAUGUGCUAAAAUAGAAUGUCUUGAGUCAAAAUUGAAAACCAAAAAGCCGGAGACAUCGUCUAUUACCGAUUCAUAUGAGCAAGUUUCGGAAAUUUCAAGUGACGAAUAUUCGGAAAAGACUUAUCGUCGAAAGUCCUACAAACGUAAAAGAAAUCUGACUACUACUACUGACUUUAGUUCUGUUGGAGACUGUGAUACUACAUUUGCUAAAGACCGCGAUGAUUUUACAAACAGUGAUAUGAGAGCUCCAAAAGAAAUGAAAAGAACUUUAAAACCAAAGAAUACGAAUAAAUCGAAUAACGAAAUGGUUUUAAUUGGAGAUGGAAAUGCAUCAGUUCCAGCUAGACUUCUUAAGAACAUGGACUGGACAUCUUAUACGAAUGCCACUCGAAAACUUUUGACAGCUGUUUUUUCAAGAAAAGUAUUGGCAACUCAUUCACUAACAGGAAAACCUUCACCAGCAUUUCCCGACAAACCCGCUAAAAAGAAACUAGACGCAGCUUUAGUAAAUGAUAUUGUUCAAACUGUGGUAGAAAAUUGUUCCGUACCAGAGAAUGUAGUUAGAACAAGUAUUACUACAAAAUGUGCCGACGAAAGCAAAAUGUUUAGAACACGCGAACAAAACAAGAAGAAGCGCAAAAUAGUUAAAAAAGAAAAUAUUUCUCCUUCUGAUUCAGAUUGCUCGUAUUCAUCAAGUUAAUAGUAGACAAAACAUUAGAAAUAGUAUUUUGGGGUCACAGGAAUCGGGGCACAAGUUCCAGAUAAAAUGCAUAAAAUGCAGUAUCCGCAAAACGUGGAUCGUGGACGUCUGGACGCCACG